GAGCUGAGCUUGGCACCGGCACCCACUUCUCCCACCGUGUGCCCAGCGCCUGGCCGCGCCGUGUGCCGUGCCAGUGCCGUGCCGAGAAGGAGGAGCGGAGCUGCGGCGUCGCUCCUGCCUCCGCGGGUGCGGGCGAGUGCGCGGGCGAGCGCGCAGCCCCCAUGCCAGGCGGGCGGGCGCCCUCAGCCCGGCCCCCACCCGGGAGCAUCCCGCCAGCGCUUCGCCGCGGAGGCACCGCCCGCCCUUGGGAUUAAAAUACUCACUGUGCUGGGCAGCCGAGGGAGAGGGGCAGCAGGUACCUGUUACACCAUUUCCUUGGUGAAGGCUGUUCAGCAGUGGUGACUUCUUCCAGCUGACCACUUCACAAAUUCUCUCUGGAAUCCCAGCUGCCACUCUGCUAGCACUACUGAGACAACUGGGACUGUACCCCAGCUCAUCAAGGUUUUUUCUUUCACGGGGAGAAAAAACAAAACAAAACAAAAUGAAGUUGGGCAAAGUGGAGUUCUGCCAUUUUCUGCAGAUGCUAGCUCUUUUUCUGUGUCUUUCUGGGAUGAAUCAAGCAGAGCUCUCGAGGUCCCGGUCAAAGCCUUACUUUCAAUCAGGGAGGACGAGAACCAAACGCAGCUGGGUGUGGAAUCAGUUCUUUGUGCUGGAAGAAUACAUGGGUACAGACCCACUCUAUGUAGGAAAGCUUCACUCUGAUGUUGAUAAAGGAGAUGGUUCCAUCAAAUACAUCUUGUCAGGCGAAGGGGCAAGUUCCAUUUUCAUUAUUGAUGAGAACACGGGGGAUAUUCAUGCUACAAAGAGGCUGGAUCGAGAAGAGCAGGCCUACUACACACUCCGAGCACAAGCACUAGAUAGGCUGACUAAUAAACCUGUGGAACCAGAAUCUGAGUUCGUCAUUAAGAUUCAGGACAUCAAUGACAAUGAGCCCAAAUUUCUGGAUGGUCCUUACACUGCCGGAGUUCCUGAGAUGUCUCCCGUGGGUACCUCUGUGGUUCAAGUGACAGCCACUGAUGCAGAUGACCCUACUUAUGGCAACAGUGCUCGAGUGGUUUACAGCAUAUUGCAGGGACAACCUUACUUUUCUGUGGAGCCAAAACAGGUGUUAUCAAGACUGCACUUCCAAAUAUGGAUAGAGAAGCCAAGGACCAAUACCUACUUGUUAUUCAAGCAAAAGACAUGGUUGGGCAGAACGGUGGAUUAUCAGGGACUACAUCUGUAACUGUCACCCUGACUGAUGUUAAUGACAACCCACCCCGCUUUCCACGACGAUCUUAUCAGUAUAAUGUCCCUGAGUCUUUGCCAGUGUCUUCUGUGGUGGCCAGAAUAAAAGCUGCAGAUGCAGAUGUAGGACCUAAUGCUGAAAUGGAGUAUAAGAUUGUGGAUGGUGAUGGUUUGGGAGUAUUCAAAAUUUCUGUUGAUAAAGACACCCAAGAAGGAAUUAUAACAAUUCAAAAGGAGCUGGAUUUUGAAGCUAAGACAAGCUACACACUGAGGAUAGAAGCAGCCAAUAUGCACGUUGACCCUCGCUUUCUGAGUCUAGGACCCUUCAGUGACAUGACAACAGUGAAAAUAAUUGUGGAAGAUGUUGAUGAGCCUCCCGUGUUUACUUCCCGCUUGUACUCCAUGGUGGUAUCUGAAGCAGCAAAGGUUGGCACUAUCAUUGGGACUGUAGCAGCCCAUGAUCCAGAUGCCUCAAACAGUCCUGUCAGGUACUCAAUAGAUCGAAACACAGACCUGGAGAGGUAUUUCAAUAUUGAUGCCAACAGUGGAGUCAUUACAACUGCCAAAUCUUUGGAUAGGGAAACUAAUGCUGUUCACAAUAUCACAGUUUUGGCUAUGGAGAGUCAGAAUCCAGCACAGAUUGGGAGAGGCUAUGUAGCCAUCACCAUCCUUGACAUCAAUGACAAUGCCCCUGAGUUUGCCAUGGAGUAUGAGGCAACAGUAUGUGAAAAUGCUCAACCUGGUCAGGUGAUCCAGAAAAUCAGUGCAAUUGAUAAAGAUGACCCACCAAACGGCCAUCAGUUCUACUUCAGUUUAACUGCAGAGGCAGCAAAUAACCACAAUUUUACACUGCAGGACAACAAAGACAACACUGCAACAGUAUUAACCAGAAGAAAUGGGUUCCGAAGACAGGAACAGUCUGUUUUCUACUUGCCAAUAUUCAUUGUGGACAGUGGAUCACCCUCGCUCAGUAGCACGAAUACCCUCACCAUCAGAGUCUGUGACUGUGAUGCAGAUGGUAUUGCACAGACAUGCAAUGCAGAAGCAUACAUCUUGCCUGCAGGACUUAGCACUGGAGCACUGAUAGCAAUAUUGGCCUGUGUCUUGACACUGCUAGUUCUUGUCCUGCUGAUUGUCACCAUGAGGCGACGGAAAAAAGAGCCCCUCAUUUUUGAUGAAGAGAGAGAUAUCAGAGAGAAUAUUGUCAGGUAUGAUGAUGAGGGUGGUGGAGAGGAAGACACCGAGGCUUUCGACAUGGCUGCCUUGAGAAACCUCAACAUUAUCCGAGACACGAAGACCAGGAGGGAUGUGACACCUGAAAUUCAGUUCUUGAGCAGACCGACUUUUAAAAGCAUCCCAGAUAAUGUCAUUUUUAGGGAAUUUAUUUGGGAAAGACUAAAAGAAGCUGACGUGGACCCCUGUGCACCACCCUAUGACUCCCUGCAGACGUACGCGUUUGAGGGGAAUGGCUCAGUGGCAGAGUCACUCAGUUCUUUAGAUUCCAUCAGCUCAAACUCUGACCAGAACUACGAUUACCUCAGUGACUGGGGCCCUCGUUUUAAAAGGCUUGCAGAUAUGUAUGGGACUGGACCAGAGUGCUUAUACUCAUAGCCUUGGAACCUUUCUCUGAAAAUGCACUGAAGAAUCCUAAAACAGAAAACUCAACCUUACAGAC